UGCUCAUAUCACUAAGAACCCACCACACGAAAAUCGGUAGGGGCCCGGGUCCCCGGUCCCCGUUCCAGUCAUCUCUUCCGUUCCCCUUACCGUUCUUGUACUAGCGCCCAGAUCCCGUCGGAAACGGAACAACGUCUUCACCGACCAAAAAUUCCCCCGGACACGACCAAGGCCACCGAACGCCUCGCAUCACCUCACCUCGCUAUACAGGACUGAAGCUGUCUAUAGCUCCGCGAUCACGACGCACCAAACGCCCGACACCUCAAUCGACUCCUCUCCGAACCUCCCGACGAAACCGCCUGCCUCUACCAACCCCAUUUCGAGCCUAGAACCUCAACACAACCGACAUGGUCGUCCGCAUACGUCUCGCCCGCUUCGGGCGCGUCAACCAGCCCUUCUACAACAUCGUCGUCACACAAGCAAGAACAGCCCGCAACAGCAAACCAAUCGAAGUAAUCGGCACCUACGACCCCGUCCCCCGCCAAGACCCCUACGACGCGACCACUAAGCCGCACAAGGACAUCCGCCUCGACUCCCUCCGCGCCCGCUACUGGGUCGGCGUCGGCGCCCAACCCACCGAGACCGUCUGGCGCUUACUCUCCAUGGUCGGCAUCCUCCAGCCCAAAUUCAGACCAAACGGCACCGCCAACACGGCGACGGCGGCCAAGUCGUUGAGGACACCGGCCUCUCCGGCCAAGGCGGCGGCACCGGCGGAAUCAUCAUAGGCAUCAGCAUCGACGAUUUGUACGAAAUUUUUGCUCAGACGGAUGAGACGAGAAUGGUGUAGCCAAUGUCGACUGGGACUGUGUCGUGUAUCAAAAGCAUCAAAAAGCAACGCGCGAAUCGCUGGGGUUGCGAUUGGCUCUUUCACGCAUGAGAUUCGUGAUUGCGCAGAACAGAAGGGGGCUGAUGGUGGGAUUGUACUAUUAAGGCGAAAAGAGACGGCAACGGGCAGGCCAGAAACGUGUCUAGGGUGCGGCUCGGCUCGCCCACGGGUAUUGACGAGGGAAGGCGAGGUGACGAAACUAAGGCAUCCAGCAUCACGUCACAUUACAAGAGUUGUACGAUAUAACAACUGUAAAAAGACCAAAAUGUCACUCCCGAUUGAAGCUGAGUUUGAAGGCUAUCAAAAGGCCGCUGUGACUAUGAGCCAAUGGGCCGAGUCUGUCCUAGAAGCUGGUUCUAGACUAAAUAAUGAAAAAAAAAAAAAAAAA